AUGAAGGUGGCUGAACUUAUAGAGAAAGAUCUCAUUUUCAUUGGAUGCACUGCCAUCGAAGAUAAGCUUCAAGAAGGAGUUCCAAAUUGUAUAGAAACUCUUUCAAGAGCUGGUAUUAAGAUUUGGGUACUAACUGGGGACAAGAUGGAAACUGCAAUAAAUAUAGCUUAUGGUAAGUCAGUAUCUUAUGAGAGCUGGUGCUUCCUUCACCUUCCAUCUCAGCUUUGUUAUUUGCUUGCUUCUCUCUCUCUCUCUCUGAUGUUAUUUCUUUUUCAUUGUAAAUUUUGUGCAGCAUGCAAUUUGAUCAACAAUGAAAUGAAACAGUUCAUUAUCAGUUCAGAAACUGAUGUGAUUAGGGAAGUUGAGAACAGGGUAUGCAAAGGCUUAUAUCUUACUCGUUUAGCUUGUAUGUAG